UAUGAGCGCGAGCGGCGGGAGCUCGGGUCUUUUUACCGCCAGCCGCGCGGCGCUUCUCCCUCGCUCCUGAGUCACUGCGAGACCCGGCCUCGCGCAGGGGUUUUCUGAGGUCUGGGAAAAUGGCAGACAUUGACAAAGAUUCAAAUUCCUGUUUUGACUUGGAAUUUAAUAGCAAAGAACAGGCUGAGCUGGACCAGCAAGAUAUGGAAGAUGUUGAAGAGGUAGAAGAGGAAGAAACUGGAGAGGAUGCUAACAGUAAAGCACGCCAGCUGACUGUACAAAUGAUGCAGAAUCCUCAAAUUCUUGCAGCCCUUCAGGAAAGACUUGACGGUCUGGUUGGAACACCUACAGGAUAUAUAGAGAGCUUGCCUAAAGUAGUUAAGAGACGCGUAAAUGCACUCAAGAAUCUUCAAGUUAAAUGUGCACAGAUAGAAGCAAAGUUCUAUGAAGAAGUUCAUGAAUUGGAAAGGAAAUAUGCUGCUCUUUAUCAGCCCUUGUUUGACAAGAGGAGUGAAAUCAUCAAUGCAGUUUAUGAACCUACUGAAGAAGAAUGUGAAUGGAAAACAGAUGUUGAAGAAGAAAUUUCAGAGGAAAUGAAAGAGAAAGCCAAGCUUGAAGAAGAGAAAAAAGAUGAAGAAAAAGAUGACCCUAAAGGAAUUCCUGAAUUUUGGCUGACUGUGUUCAAGAAUGUUGACUUACUCAGUGAUAUGGUUCAGGAACAUGAUGAACCAAUUCUGAAACACUUGAAAGAUAUUAAAGUGAAGUUUUCAGAGGCUGGGCAGCCUAUGACUUUCACAUUAGAGUUCCACUUUGAACCCAAUGAAUAUUUCACAAAUGACGUGGUGACAAAAACAUACAGAAUGAGGUCAGAACCUGAUGAUUCAGAUCCUUUCUCCUUCGAUGGACCAGAAAUUAUGGGUUGCACAGGGUGCCAAAUAGAUUGGAAAAAGGGAAAAAAUGUUACUUUGAAAACUAUCAAAAAGAAACAGAAGCACAAGGGGCGUGGAACAGUUAGAACAGUGACAAAAACAGUUUCCAACGAUUCUUUCUUCAAUUUUUUCUGUCCUCCUGAAGUUCCUGAAAGUGGAGACUUGGAUGAUGAUGCUGAAGCAAUUCUGGCAGCUGAUUUUGAAAUCGGUCACUUUCUACGGGAGCGCAUAGUUCCACGAUCAGUAUUGUAUUUCACAGGAGAAGCCAUUGAGGAUGAUGAUGAUGAUUAUGACGAAGAGGGUGAGGAGGCCGAUGAUGAGGAAGGGGAAGAAGAAGCGGAUGAGGAAAAUGAUCCAGAUUAUGACCCCAAGAAGGAUCAAAACCCAGCAGAAUGCAAGCAGCAGUGAAACAGUGUGUAUGUGGCCUUGAGGAUUAUCUGCACUGUAAUAGCCUAAACACAACUAUUAGUUACUUACAGCCUUAUGUUUUGUAUCUUGGUAGAAUUAAGUAAACAAUUUGUUAAAACAAACUGACAGAACCAGUUUAAAAUGUAGGUUCCUUGUACCUAGCAUUUUAAUAGUACUUUUCUGCCAAAAUGUAGAAUGCAGUAAAUCCCUAAAGCAUGAAUAGUUAAUUCAUUGCUAUAUAUAGUUUGGUUCUUGUGAAGUCUGUUGUCAUGUAGCUAUUAGACUGCAGCUGUGAAGAUACCAGAACUGUUGACGGAGACCAAUCUUUGCCUCCUUUCCUGAAGAACCAACCAAAUCUGUCAAUUUCCAUCAAGACCACAUUGGACGUUCAUAACUGUCUGCUUGUUUAUGCUCUAGGUUUUUGUAUUUUGUGAUGGUGACCUACAGAAAAAAAAACUAGAGACAUCAUAUUAAGGUUGUUUACCACUGGGGUGUGAAUAAACCUAGUAUUUUCAGAAA